UUGGGGGGCAUUUCUAGCUCUUCAAGAGGGAUCUCAUUCAUAGGAAAUUCUCGGCGUUGCAUGGAAGGAAUGACGUGAUCUGUCAUGUAAAGGAUCCCGUGCGCCCCAAGUGGUGUGCACUGUUCAAUGUUUGCAUAGAAAGCGUGGCUCAUGGGACCCGACUACCCACUCGGUUAUUUCUGAACCAGCCCAUGACAAGCCAAUGGCUAUAGCUAUACCUAUAGAUCUAUAACUGUUUUUGGUGGUAGGAUUACACACAGAAAUGAACGUAAGUAACUAACUUUAUUAAAUUUAUAUUAUAAAUAGAUUGUGGGUUUUUUCGAUACUAAGAUUAUAUUUGUUUCUCUUGUCACUAAAAACGAAGAAGGCAUUACUUAUAUGAUUAUUAUCUACGGCUAAGUUUAAAGUCUCAUGAUACUAUUUUGUUGGUUUUUUUUUGGAUUAAUUUUAUGAUCCUUAAGGUACUGUCAUUUCUUUUAGUACAGAUAAAUAAACAACAAAUAUAUGAAAUAACAUAUUUCGUAAAUUUAACCAUAUUUAAAAAUUUAAAAAUUUAUUUUAAACGUUAGUAAAGUUUUCAAACAAAUCAAAGGUGCCACUCCCCCCAACCCCCCCCAACCCCCCCACCCCCCACUCCCCCCCAAAAAAAAAAAAAACAAACAAAAAAACAAACAAACUGCUUAAUACAUUUAUUUAUUUAUUUAUUCUACUUCUAGAGUAUUAUUUUAAAAUGUUUCUUAUUCUAACCGAGUUACCAUUUAUUUCAACAAAUUUAUCUCAUAUGCUACAAGCAGCUCUACGCGUGGUAAGAAAUGUAAAAUUGGUAGAGGAAAAGAAACUUUAGAAAGACAAUUUUUUUUUGUAAAGUUGACGUUUCAUAUAAAAAUCUUUCCAUAGAAAACUACAGUAAAGACAAUCUUAUCGAAAAUAGUUAUUUUGUUGAUCUUUUUUUAAAAAAAGAAAACUGCCUCAGCUCUAGACGUGACUGGGUAAAAAAAAACAAAAAAAAAACGCUUUUACGAUGUUCGGACUCAGCAAGAAGUCCCACAAACCCACGACAUUCUAUGCACUAGCGUUCUGUAUCCAUGUGGUGGCCUUCGUCCUGAUGGCCAUUGGGAUGUUCACCCCGUACUGGUCAGAGAUCACGGAGCAAGUCGGGACGUCAACUACCAACUUGAAGUACGACAAGGGUAAGAAUGAACUGAUGACAUCAAGUUUAGUAUUAUUAUAGUUCUGACAUUCAACAAUAUUUGACAUUCCACAAUUUUUUUAAUUCUUUCAUUCAACAAUGUUUUAAUUCUGAAAUUUAACAAUUUUUAGUUCAGUAACUUUAUUUCAAAGCAAAUCAUUAUUCCUCUUUUUUUUUUCUUUUCUUUGGCCAUUGAAAAUUGUCCACGUGAGAAAUGAAACUGUUACUAAUGAUAAUGUUCCUGUAAUCUGGUGAGUAUAAAGUCAAAACAACUUGUUGUGACAGCAGCUGUCGAACAAACAUUCGGAAGAUAGCUGUGACAUCGGCUGUCGAACCAACAUUAGGACGAUAGCUGUGACAGCAGCUGUCGAACCAACAUUGGGAAGAUAGCUGUGACAGCAGCUGUCAAACAAAAAAUUGGCAGUAUAACAAAACAAUCUCAAGGAAAAAAAAUAUACCAGGCAGUUCUGAAAAAUCUAUAAAUUGUCUUGAAAGUUCAUCUUUUCAUGACUGAACAAUGUUAUAAUUUAUAAAGCUGUUCUUUUGUCCCGUGAAAUUGCACGUAAGACACUGCAACAGCUGACUUCGUUCCGAAAUUUGGCAACAAGUUUCUUUAUAAUUUAAUGACAUAUAUGUUAAACCUCUAUGAAGAGCUUUUUCUUAACAAAUAGUCACAUUGUAAGCUUAUUAAGAUAGCCAAAAAUGUCUUUCAAUAAAGAAACUUUUUACCAUUCUGUCCAUAAUUGUGCAAAAUAUACUCAAAUUCGCAAGUUUUCCUUGACUACAGUUUUCAGAAAUUCAAUCACAUAUUCUAACGAAACAUUUGGGUUGCCGACCGGUCUAAACUGCUUUAAUCCCAAGCUUCUGGACUGGAGUUCAAUCGCGCCCCCCACCCCCACCCCCCCCCUCCCCGUAACUUCCCCAAGCAAAAGCCAACACAUGGAAAGACAUGGGUGUUUGGUUCUCGAUAACCUUGGAGGACCACUUAUACACGUGAUGGGCAACAUGCAACUGAUGGGAAACUACCUUUUCACGUGAUCAAAUUAUGGAAACAAGUUAGAAAAGAAAUUGGUUUUAACUUAACUUCAACUUUAAAACCAAAUGGUCUCACCCCAUUCAAACACAUUAUAGAAUCUAACGUGGGCCCAUCGCCAGGACCGUGCCGAGGCAAAGGACGGAAUUAAACUAAGACCAUCGGUGAACGCUCCUUCUGCUUCCAUGGGCCCACGUUCUGGAACCAGCUCCCCUUCCAUAUCCGUCAUUGUGAAACCUCGUCCAUUUUCAAAAAGUCCCUUAAAACUCAUCUGUUUAGGUCCGCCUAUGACCUGUGAUGCACCCUCCUUGCCCUGCCUCAUUUUUCUGUUUCGGGUUGAUCCUGAAGUAUAGGCCAAAAUGUGUCAAAGUGUCCUCGUUUUAUAGCCAUUGUUUCUAUAGUAGAGUAGUUACUAUCCUAGUGUCUCAUUUUUAUUUUACUUAGUUUACAUGUUUUAAUAAUUGUAAAGCGCUUAGAGCUUUAUGGUAAGCGCUAUAUAAAAAUGCCUAAAUAAAUAAAUAAAUAAAUUAAAUCGUUUGGUACAAUUUUGACUUUUGGAGGGAUCCAAAAUUUGAAUAUGCUCGGAGAUUAAAAACAAAAUUCCUCUGCACCGCCCUGCUUAUAGUGCAUCUUAAAAUCAGAUCAUUAUUUUAAAAUAUAUUUCCGUGUAUUCGUCAUGAUUUUUUUUUAUUAUUUCAUAAACUUUGCAUUCUCCAGGUCUGAUAAUGAGCUGUUCUCAAGCAAAGAGUUGCGAGGCCAACAUUUACUACACAUCAGCAUCAAGUGAGUUGUAAUGAUGGGUGUAAGUUGUUGUGAGAUGUAAUGAUGGCUGUAAGGUUGUUGUGAGAUGUAAUGGUGGAUGUAAGGUUGUUGUAAGCAUGUAAUGAUGGAUGUAAUAUUGUUGUGAGCAUGUAAUGAUGGAUGUAAGGUAGUUGUGAGAUGUAAUGAUGGAUAUAAGUUUGUUGUGAGAUGUAAUGAUGGAUGUAAUAUUGUUGUGAGAUGUAAUGAUGGAUGUAAUAUUGUUGUGAGAUGUAAUAAUGGAUGUAAGGUGUUUAUUUUCAAUAAAAAGGUAAGAGCUUGAAGAAAUUUAAUUGAGUAACGGUUGAGAUAUAGCAUAUUAAUAUAUGUUUGGCGUCUCGUGUCGUGUUCAUAAGAGGGCGAAGUUAAAUCCUAUGGCAGGGUAGGCAUAUGACUAGGGCAUCAGUUUAAGCCCAAUUUCAAGUAGGGCAAAUUGUGGGGUUAAAAUCGAAUCCGUUUAUGGUGUCAUUGUUUACGACGGUAUUGUCGUAGUCCUUUCCAUAGCUCUAAAUUUGACUGCGGGGUCAAGAGCCUAAACUUCCGCUACCUUAAACAGGCAUACCGGUAUUUUUAAAAAGCGACCACAUAAAACCGGUACAAGUCUCUACAUAUUUUUUUUUAACGAUCAUUUAUGUAAACAGGUGAUGACGACCGCAUCACAAUUCCGAUUACUUAGAGAGGUACCGGUUUAAUGCGGUUCUAUGUUUUUGAAUUGGUAUCAUUGUGUUAUGUUUGCUUGGUUAGAACAUUAUUUAUGUUAUUUAUGUGGUGAAAAUAAAUGUAUACAAUGUAUCAGGGUUUGUGAUUUCUAACAAGCGGGAAACGUUGCAACGCAUCGCGUCUUGUUACUAUUUUUAGACAAUCUUUUUUUUUAUUUAAAAAAGUAGCUUUUAACAAUGCAUCACCUCAUAUAUAAAGAAGUAGCUUUUAACAAUGUAUCACCUCAUAUAUAAAGAAGUAACUUUUCUUUUGGUUAAUUCUUUAGUACACUAAAGUUGUAAACACUUUUCGUCUAGGAUAAGGCUCACGUUAACGUAAAAGCACCAAACAGUUGCUGAGAGAUUUAGCCAAUCGGGAUACCAGGAUGUUUUAUUGAUAUCUUAAUGAGAUUGGCCAGGCUGAAAGCCCGGAUGUUCCAUUAAUAGAGUUCCGCCAUGAAAUGACCAAACCCUAUUUUAAAAUAAUCGUAUCCUUUCUUAAUUAUUACAAUAUUUAUUAAUAGAUCAAUAUACAAGCCCUGUUUUCAUUUCCCCUUUACAGAGGUCUUCUUCGCAUCCUUUGUGAUUGGAAUCAUUGCCAUCAUCAUUGGUUUCUUCACCUUACAGCUGUUUUGUGCCGGGCUGUUCAUCAGGAGUUGUCGGGAGACCAACCUCGGCAUCCCGGUGGCGGUCAUGUCCAUUUUUGAAGGUGCGCACAUUUGAACACAUUUAGUUGAAUUCGAUCAUUGAACAAACGACCUGCGAGUUAUCCUGCUUGAGAUUUGUCGGCUCAGUUACUGUAUGGUGUGGCAUCGUAUGCAUGUUAAUCUGGACGAGAACAUUCAAAGCGUAGAAGAUGGUCAAGUAUUUUGGCCUGAGAAGAAAUAUAAUUUCCAAAUGAGUCCCAUGAUGCCAGCUUCAUGUGAAAGAUUAUUAUAGCCACUCCAUUGAGUCAUAAAUAUGAAUCUCUCAUGGAUGACCGGUUUAUCAGCCGUCCGUUCCCCAUUUCAACGCCAGCCAUACUUGAUUGAUUCUGACUCAACGGUAGCACAUCCGCGCUCAAGUGUCAAGUCUUUCAGACUGACCGGUAGCAAAUCUGGGGUUACAUGUCUGGUCUUUCUGACUCGACUGUAACAAAUAUAUGUUCAAGUGUCCAGUCAUUUUGACGCAGCAGUAGAUUUUCUUGGGUCAAGUGUCCAGUAUUUUUGACUCAACGGUAGCGAAUAUAGGUUCACUGGUCUAGUCUUUCCAGACAUGAUAAAAUACAGACCUCCAUCUGUAGGUGUACAUAAAAGAUUUUUAUUAAUUUACUUAACGUCAAAGAAAUUCAACUUUCAAACAGCGAUUCAACUCUAUUCUAACUUGUUGAAUUUUUUGAGGAUGAAUUGAAGUUGAAUAGCGGGGUGGUGCCCCAAGAAUGGUACUGAAAGGAUUGUCCAAAGAGGGUCUCAAUUGUCAAUUCCAGUAGGACACUAAUAGAAUCAGUAGUAGAGACAUCAGUGUUCCUUGGCACUAUUUUCUUUCUUAUAUGUAACAAGAUUUUGGUCAUAAUGUAUCGUACAGUCAAAGUUAAUCUGAAAUGUCCUAUAUAAAGGGAUUUAAAUAUUGUAAUCAAUUAAAAACAAUUAGUGUAAAGUGUUACGAUUUAAAUGUAAUUUGUAAGGUCUACUCUCACAGGCUAUGACCUAACGGAGGCGUCCAGGCGCUUGGUCCAUUAAAAUGUCUACCAUCAGAGGGGUCAAGUUAACUUCAAAUGGGUGUUCACCUCUAAGUAUCUUCUGCUUUCUGGCCCGGGUAGUGAGUGAACUCUAGGUGGCUUUUGUUCUCUGGCCGGAAAGUCGAAUGUAGUGACCACGCAGUACACCUGGAUGAAUGUAUCGUUUCUAACGCAUUAAAAUCAAACAAUGAAUUCUACACCUUGUCUGAUUCAAUAAAAAUUUCCUGUGGUUUGCCUGCCUGUUCUCACCGACACUGUAUUCGGGGCUGCAAUUUUCAAUAACUUUAUAAUUUUUUUUUAAUUUCAGGGGCAUUACUCAUCGUGACUCUUAUUUUCUUUGAAAUAUCCAUCGGCCAGGACACCACGGCUGGGAACAUUCACAGAGAUGACACAUUCGGGUUUUCCCGAGGUUUAAUCAUAGGCUCGGUUGUUCUCUAUUGGGUCUCAUCCUUUUUCAUCAUAGGGGAAUACUUCAGGAGACUUAACACGUAAGGUUUUGUAACAUUUUUUUUAUAGGCGCUAAUGAUUACAUUUACUUUAAUGGUUACAUUCAUUUUAAUGAUUUAAUUAUUUUGCACCAGAGAAAAGAAACCAUCCAUCGUAAUGAAAAAGAAUUUUAAUAUUUAUUAUAAAAAUGCGUAAAAUUGGGGGGGGGGGGGGAUUUAGUUUUUAUGGCUCAUUUCUAUCCAGAAAAAAAAAUUAUUUUUAUACACUUAUUGCAUUCAUCUCAGGUCGUAGAGUCGUGAUGUUGAUUUGCGCUCCGUGUGAAGUACUUGCUUGGGUUGUGGGCAUUCUUCGUCCACUCCGGGCUCUUAACUGGGGAAACGUAACAGAAUGGACUUCAGUUAGAGCUUUAAAAAAUUGAGAUUGAUGCAAGAGAGAAAAACAAAAAGAUCACACCCAACUUCUUUAAACGUUUGUUCAAAAACUCUGACGACCAAAACCUUUUAGGAAAGUUUAGAUGAGAACAGUGAGGAUUUAAAAAAAAAAAAAAGUUUUAUUUAAUUAACUGCUGUUUGGGGGCCUGGUGGUCUAUACUAAGGGGCUAGAAGGAUGCAAAUAGUUGUAUUUUUUUAUAUUUUGCGCUUUGAAAUAAUCAAGCUGCUAAAUGGUAUUUAUGUGGAAUAACGUAUGAAUUUUUAUGGCUGGAAGUCCCAGAACAAGCCAAUCGGUCAAGUAGCUAGCAACAAAAGGGAUUAGGAGUCUAGGAGAGAUUGAUACUUUUGUAAUACACCGAGAAAAAAAAGGGGGGUUUUAAAAUUAGAUUCCUCUUUUAUCGUGAGGAGCGAAUUUUAGAACAGUAAAUACGUGGAUGGAUAAGAACCGAGUAUGUAAGUUUUCCCACUGUCGAGAUUUACAAUUGAGAGAAUGUGUGUAUUCAACGUCCACACAGAAGAUGUCCAAGUACAGAUUGUGAUUGUUGCCAUGUUGUUUAUGCACGGUCAGCAAAGAAGUUAUCCCAUAUUUAAAUCAUUGAUAUAAUGUUUCUACAAACGUCCACAGGGAAGCGGUUCCCAAGCCAAUCCCGAGCAGGACGACGAGGGGCCCACCACCACCACAAAGACCCAGAAAUGAUUACGAGAGAGGUACAGGGCCUCCCCCUUACAAGUAGUGGUCUAAUAAUAACUCCGAGAACUUUCACCGUCAUUAAAUUAAUGCAGGGAUCUCAUCUCAUUGAUUAUUUUAAGUAUAGAUCUAGUUUCGUUGGGUUAAGAAUUUAAGACAGAAAAAAAGAGAAAGAGAAAAAAAAAAAGAAGAAGAAAGAAUGAAAGAGGAGACAGACAUUUUGAAUUAGUAUUUAGUAAUAACGACUAAUAUAAAAACACUGAUCAAACUCACAGCUUUAAUUAUUUAUAUUUUUUAUUGAAAUUUAAUUAAUUUUGUAACAUAUUUUAACUAGGAUUUAUUUCUGUUUCUAUAAACAUUAUUUUCGGUAUUUUUAUUUAAAUUGCAUGAUGAGCUAGUGGUAAAAAUAUAAGCAACAGAAAUUUGUUGAUGGUCUAACAACAUUUUAAUAUAUAUAUAUAUAUAUUAGGGGUAUGAUAUUUUGAUUUUUUAAAAAUAAUUUAAAGUGGGGGGGGGGUGGGGACUGGGAGUUGGGUCAUAAACAUCAUGCCAAUGAGAUUAAGUCUUUAACAGGCUUAGUCUAGACUUAGCAAACUGAACCUAUUACACUUAACGUAUGUAAUGUGUGCUACUCACAAGUGGUCAGAAUAUGGUUGUUUCGACAAAGAUUCACUUUUUAUACUUUGUUCCAACGUUUUUACUCCAAUCAUAGGCCCAAGCUUGAAUUGUAAAUUUCAAGCUACAAUUUGUUUAUUGGUUUACUAUAUAAUUUUGCUCAAUUAUUGAAUUUUAUAUUUGUGACAAUAUUAUUCUGGAAUUAUGCGGGUACAAUAUGUUGGUUUUUUUUUUUUCCGUCUUUAUCAACAGUAUUUACUAUCUUCCAUAAAAUAUACUGAUAUCGUGUAUAGCCUUGAGAGGAAUCAAGGUGGCAUAUCAAUAUUACAGAAGAGUAUUUAUGAUAUAAUAAUAUAGCCUACUUCUCACCGGUUUUACUAAGAAAUUAUUCAUGCUGUAAUCAUCUGAUAUUUAUUUAUUUUUUUUUUUAAAUUAAAUAAUAUAUAGUUAUGAACAAAACAAAAAAUUCGUUGCUGUUUCUUUCAUUUCUCCUCGUUGUUCUUUCUAAUCAAUGUUUGGAGCUUUUUUUUUUUUUUUAUACAAAAUUAUUAAAACGCGACAAUUUUAAAUAAUUCUAAAAAAUACAGCUUAAUACACACAACAUGUACAACUAAUAAUUUAAAAAGUAAGCUAGUAAGUAUUUUUUUUUUUACAAAAUUAUUAAAACGCGACAAUUUUAAAUAAUUCUACCCCCAAUGUAAUUUUUUACUCUAGUAUACUUUUAUGAUACAAAAAAAAAUACAGCUUAAUACACAACAUGUACAACUAAUAAUUUAAAAAGUAAAGCUAGUAAGUAUUUUUUUUUUUUUACAAGCAUUUAUAUAUUUUUAAAACAGUCAAUAUCCUAAUGGAAAUGUGCAAAAUGGAAACUAAAAUAAAAAACUGAAUACAGUGUUCAUGAACAGUUUUUAAGUCAUUGUAAGAGAGGUUUUUAUUUCAUUUGUUUUUUUUAAAUUUAAUUUUUUAAUUUAUUUAUUUUCUUAUAAUUUAAUCAAACAAAUUUAAACGUUUCUGUUUUCCUUAUAUUCACUGAGCAAUUCAGUUACUUUUGAGCAACUCCGACUAACAACCAUUGACGAUACAUUACUUUUAAAAUAUGACAUUUUAAAAAUUUUUUUUAUUCCGAAAACAUUUUUAAUAAAAAAAACAACACAUUUACGUAAUUAUUAAAUUAAUUUCCCACUAGUGGCUACCAUCUAAAAAACUUCUAAAUCUAUGAUCAAGGAGAAAGAUGAUUUUAAUUCCUUUCAAAGAAAUCCUGGCACGAACAUAUCAAGUUAAAAAAAAAAAAAAACACAAAUUUUGUCUCUAAAAAAUCGUAUAUCUUGAUGUAUCUGCAACAUUUAAAUUUCAAUACUGGAGCUAUUCUAAUUUUUGAGCUCAGAGAAAGUCUUACCAUUCUCUCAAACAUUUAUCAAUCUAUCCAUUUUGACAGUCGUUUGUCUUUUUUCCAUUGACUGACAUAAAUAAGUGGCAAAGUAGUUGGCAAUAGGUUGCCUUUGUCGAGACUGCCAACUAAUUUUCAUUAUAAUAUAAGAUGAAUAUACACCGCAUUUUGACGAGAUUAUUGUGUCUCCAUUACUGAUACAUGGAUGAUCAUAAAUUGAAUAUAAUAAUUUAACAAAAGAUAUUAAGAGCAUUAACCAAUGUUUCUUUCAAGAAAUUAAAUCAAAUUUUAUUUUAUUUUUAAAUUCCCGAUUACACAUAAUUAUUUUUUUACAAUAAGAAAUCCUACAACUAACUUAUCACACGUUUACUGUAAGGACCUCCAUCUGCUGACCACGAAAUAAACAAAUCAACAUAAUAUUUAAAUUCCGGUGUCCUUUAUACACACCUUAUCUAUGCCAGAAAAGUUAGAUUGGACAUAACAGUAGUCCUCUAUGACACUAUGCGACACCAAAUUUACUUCUAUUUUCAAAAUAUGUUCUGGCAAGCAAAUCUGACAGGCUUAGAGCACAUUUCCAACAGGUUUAUCGCACAACGCCUGCUAGAAAAAUGUAAGAGCAAUAAAAUGCUAUUUGAAACGACCGCAGUUUAAAUUGUUUUAUUUUCUCCUAAAAUAGAACUUAUAUUCCCGAUCUCUCGUAAUAUAUAUAUAUUGACAGAUUUAUUUUAUCCUCGUUACUUUUGCCAGAGAAGAGACUACGAGACCCCGUGGUUACCCAGGCGGCCCCUUCCCCGAGAAAAGCUCCAGUUGUCGCCGCGGCCGCCCCUCCCCCGUACAGCAAAAACAACCCUACCUACGUGGCAGACGAGGGCUGUGAGUACGAAUGAUUGUCAAGUAUUGUGAAUAACUAUCUGACCUCUGUCUUACCACUGUCUUAAAAACGUGUCGUAUAUAUAAACUGUUUUGUUUCUGUUGGAUAAUAUAAAUCUGCAAUGUAAUGGAGAAAAGUUGACUACAUUUUUCUUGAUCCCCCCUUCACCCCGUCAAAAAAAAAAAAAACGAAAACAAUCUGCCAGCCCAACGUGGCAUUCUUAAAAACGUUUCGUAUAUAUAAACUGUUUUGUUUCUGUUGGAUAAUAUAAAUCUGCAAUGUAAUGGAGAAAAGUUGACUACAUUUUUCUUGACCCCCCCUUCCCCCCGUCAAAAAAAAAAAAACGAAAACAAUCUGCCAGACCAACGUGGCAUGAAUGCAUGCAGCAGACCUGGGUGUCAGAUGUGCAACUAUGUGGCCGAGUCGCCAACCUUCUGGGGACCAGCCGGGGUGUUCAACAUUAACGAGACACUGACAUGUCAGGACAACCACGUCGUCUACGCGAUCAUAUGUAUGAGGGACGACAAGGUAAGCCUGUCACUGAUGGUUGUUGGGACCAUCCUUUCGUCAUAGCCAUCCAGGUAAGCCUGUCACUGAACGGUUGAUAAAACCAUCCUUUCGUCUUAUCCAUCUAGGUAAGCCUGUCACUGAUGGUUGAUAAAACCAUCCUUUCGUCGUAUCCAUCUAGGUAAGCCUGUCACUGAUGGUUGAUAAAACCAUCCUUUCGUCGUAUCCAUCUAGGUAAGCCUGUCACUGAUGGUUGAUAAAACCAUCCUUUUGUCAUAUCCCUCUAUCUGAUGGUUGUUGAAACCAUCCUUUUGACAAAUCCAUCUAUAUUCUUUCACAUUACUUGUACACGCUCUUUUAUCCAGAGAUGUUACCAUCCAAAACCAAUACCAUCGUACUUUCAUUUUUUUUUUCAUAUUCUAUCCUCUGAUGCCACACUUCACACACAUGGUGCUACUGUUACCCACACAACCACAGAGCCACAGUAUUAAGUCAAAAAGUCAUACUGCCGGUGUAUUAAGUCAAACAGUCAUACUGCCGGUGUAUUAAGUCAAACAGUCAUACUGCCGGUGUAUUAAGUCAAACAGUCAUAGUGCUCUUGUAUUUGUAUUACACCAAGACCGAGCUCACGAUCUCUCGCGUUUUAUUGGACAUUCAUUUUUUUUUAACUUGUAUUUUCUUCUCUAAUGAUUGAAUUCACCCGACAGUUUCUAUGGUUCGGCUUUGGUUGGAUCCCAUUUCAAGACUGUGCCAUGCAUUGUUGUGCCAUUCCUUUCCUAGCAGCUUGGCGACAAUACCGGCCCGCCUCUCUAACGCCAGGGCCGGGAUUGUCUCAGCGUGGUCUUGUUUCUUUCAGGUUUUCAUUGGCCACUCGACGUUGAAACUGGAGGAUACACUUAGGGUUCACCUGGCCAACAUACGCUCCAAUAACAACAGCGAUGCCGUGGCUUAUCACUUCUCAAGACCAGGCCACAACACACAGGACAUAAGGGUGAGUCGAAUCUGCUCUAUAGAACAAUAACAUGGUUUUACUAGACCAGGCCACAACACAUAGGACAUAAGGGUGAGUCGAAUCUACUCUAUAGAACAAUGACAUGGUUUCACUAGACCAGGCCACAACACACAGGACACAAAGGGUGAGUCGAAUCAGUCCAAUAGAACAAUGUUAUAGUUUCACUAGACCAGGCCACAACGGUCUGAUGGUGUCUUGAUAUAGUCUAUAGUGCAGUUGCUUUGGUGAUUCAGCAUAAAUAGUACGACUUUAAUUCAAUAUGCGAGUCCAAAAUUUACAAAUGCGAUGCACCUACCUCCUAAUACAUACAUAAAUAGUAAUAUACACAUUUCAAAAAAUAAUUAAAACAAUGAAAGUAGUCUAUGUAAAAACUUUCAUAGUUUCACCAUUCUUGGCUUAAAAAUUAUUAUGAUCAUGCAGCAAAAUUCAAGAGUGCGUAAUUAAGUCCUUAAAGUUAUUUGUCACUGGAUAAAUGAGAAGAACUGUUUAGUAAGUUUCAUAUAUAUAGGCCGUUAUUUUUCUUCGGAAAAUAUAUGUUAUGGUGCAUUUGUUAUAUUCCAAUAUGUCGUCAUGCUCAAAAUAAAACAUCACAUUAGCCCUUAUCAAACUGUGCACAAUGGAACACUGAGAAGUCAUUUUUUUUCUACCUUGCACCAGAUUUCUGCACUGGCCUCACUGAACUGUGACAACGAGACAAGAGCCAGGCUUGAGAAGUCACUGUCGUACAACAUGGACCAGCCCCACAGCUCCUACUACGGCAUUAACGAAGACUUUGAAUUCUUGUAAACUUAGCAUUUUGGGAUUGUCAUCUCAGACCUAAUAUUAUGCACCAUUUUACUGGACAUAAUGUCAUGAGAUAUUGUGCCAUGCUGUAGCUAAAUGACUAUGUUAUUGGACAUGAUGUCAUGAGAUAUAGUGUCAUGCUGUAGCCAAAUGACUGUGUUACUGGACAUAAUGUUAUGAGAUAUAGUGUCAUGCUGUAGCAAAAUGUCUGUGUUUACAUUUAAUGCCUUCUUUCUGAAGGUUUCUUUAUAGCAGUAGAAAAUCUGACAUGAAAAUACAGGCAACAUUAACAGAUAACUAAUGCAUUAUUUGAAUCCACUUUUUUUUUUAAUCAAUGAAUCUUAUCUUAUAUCAUUGAUAUCUCCAUUCCUUGUCUCACAAUGCCGAAACCUUUUU